AUGCCCCCCGUGUCCCCGCAACCCGAGCGCCCUCGGGUGAUCCUCUAUCACCAAACGAUCUGUCCUGAUGGCCAGUACUGCUCCAUGCUGCCGCUGUUGGACAACAACACCGGCGUCACGCACAUCAUUCUGGCCGCUUUUCACCUCAAUGCCGAUCCACAGCACAUCACUCUUAACAAUGACCCCCCUCAUAUGCCGCUGUAUGAACCGCUGUGGGCCGAAGUGCCCGCCGUGAAGCAAAGCGGGGUUCGUGUCAUGGGACUCCUGGGAGGCGCGGCGCAGGGCUCGUUCCGCUGCCUGGAUGGUAACGAGGAGAAAUUUGAACUAUACUACCAACCCUUGCGGGACAUGGUGCGGCGCCACCAGCUGGACGGGCUGGAUCUGGACGUGGAGGAGGAGAUGUCGUUGUCGGGCAUUAUCCGGCUGAUCGACCGGCUCAAGCUCGACAUGGGCGACGACUUCAUCAUCACGUUGGCUCCAGUGGCGGCGGCCAUGUUGGGCAUGGGCAAUCUGUCCGGUUUCGACUAUCGCGAGCUAGAGCGACAGCGAGCCUCGAAGAUUAGCUGGUACAACACACAGUUUUAUAAUGGUUGGGGCAACCCAGAGGACCCUCGGAUGUAUGCUGCCAUGGUUGCACAGGGCUGGGCCCCGAACCGGGUGGUGUACGGCCUGUUGACGAAUCCCGGGAAUGGAUCGCAGGGCUAUGUACCACUGGAGAAGAUCGGGCCGAUUCUAGGUCUGCUGGUUGAACGCUUCCCCAACUUCGGAGGCGUGAUGGGUUGGGAGUACUUCAACUCGAAACCGGGAGACCGAGAUGCGCCCUGGCAGUGGGCGGCGGCGAUGAGCUUGAGCAUGCAUAUGAAGGAGGUGCUACACAUUCCCGGCCAUCACUUCCCACCCCUCAUAGUCACAUUGUUGGCUGUGUACCUAGCUUCAUUGGUGUCGCUUGGCCGGCCGGCCGACCAGAGCAAUGCCGAUCGGCGCAAGGGCAAUAUCGAUGCUCAGCAUGCUUCCAGAUCCCCGCCGCCAACCGAAGGCGUCCUCAAGGUUCUGCUGACUGGGCUGCCGUCCCCCCGACUACCGUUGUCCACGCGUUUGACCGUCCUGAUCAACAUUGUCCUCGCUCUCCUCACCCUAGACUUCGUGGGACGAGGCUUCAUUCUCUAUCCCAGCAAUGAUCUUGCUUUCUCUCGUAUCGGUUACGUCUCUCCGACUACCGCGAAUUUGCUGGUCCGUGAACCGGACCCGGCUCAGCUACCUUUGAUCGUAUACUAUCAGCCAACGGAGGAGGACCCCUCACGAUGGACAGAAGAAGGCGUGAUUUACUCACUGACGGAUGCGACGGACUUUACAACCACCGUAACUAUCAAGAACUUGGAGCCAUCAUCCGCGUACCGCUAUUCUCUAUCCAACAAUCUGACGGGCUCUUUCGUCACCGCGCCAAUGCCAGGCUCAAAAUCAGCCAACCGUCUGAGCUUCCUCACAUCGAGCUGCAUGAAGGCGAAUUUUCCCUACAACCCCCUAUCACAUCCACUACGUAUCCCGGGACUUGAGAUGAUGACAGAGACGGUCAACCGGCUGCCGUCUCUGCUCCGACCAGCGUUCAUGUUGUUCCUGGGUGAUUUCAUCUAUGUCGAUGUGCCUCAGCGCUUUGGUUCCUCCAUCUCUCACUACCGCAGUGAGUACCGCCGGGUCUAUUCAUCCCCAUCAUGGAACAAAGCGCAAGAUGGUCUCCCUUGGAUUCAUACGCUCGAUGACCACGAGAUCGAGAAUGAUUGGUCCAAGGGAAACACAACCGCGCCAUAUCCCGCCGCCGCGGAGCCCUACAUCCAUUACCACGUCAGCGCGAACCCUCCCAUCCCGCCAACUCCCUUUGCUAAGCCCGAAAACACCACCUACUUCUCGUUCAUCAAUGGCCCGGCUUCAUUCUUCAUGGUGGACACGCGCACCUAUCGCUCCGAGCCCGCCCAGCCCAACUCCACCAUCCUCGGCUCCGCACAGCUCCAGUCUCUCCUUGCCUUCCUCUCCCGUCCUGAACCGGCCGAAGUCCGCUGGAAGAUCGUAGCCUCCAGCGUUCCCUUCACCAAGAACUGGCAUGUCGGCACCACCGACACAUGGGGUGGAUUCCUCAGCGAACGUCGCACUGUCUUCGAAGCCAUGUGGCGCGCAGAGCGCGAGCUAGGCGUCCGCAUCGUCCUCCUCAGCGGGGACCGUCACGAAUUCGGAGCCACCCGCUUCCCAGACCCUGAACUCGACCUCACCCACGAAGAGCUCCUCCCAAACACAGCAGGCGAGGGACUGCAUGAGUUCUGCGUCGGCCCCCUCAACAUGUUCUACCUCCCCAUCCGGACUUACCGCCAAGACGACAACGAAGACGUUGCCAUCAAAUACAUCCCCGAUGGGAACACCAAGUACGGCCUCAUCGACAUUGACGUCCAAGAUGAGCUCAUCACCACUCCCACCGGGAAGACCAUCUCCGUCCCCAGCUCCGUCUUCACUUACUCCCUGUACGUCAACACCGAUUUGAUCUGGAAAUAUUCCCUUGCUGUUCCUCUACCUGGCCACGAGGCUGCGGUCGCCUCCGCGUCGACUUGGAAACACCCUCGCUUCCCACCGGGUAAGCUCCUCCUGGAUGAUCGCGAGCAAGUUACGUGGGAUGCAUCUAUCAAGACGGUGAUUGGCCGCGUUGAGGAAACGGUAGGUCGAGUGCGUUCGUAUGUAUUGGGGCAGGCCUAUGAAUUAUUGGAUAGAGUUAGACGGGUGGAGAGGGUGGAUUGA